CCGGUAUAAGCAGCCAGCUGGCCGGGGCCUGAGGAAGGAACUGAGCGUGUUCCAGAUGCCCCUGAUGAAGAAGAGAUGCCCAGUGAGUUUGCAUUAGUUGCGGCAGACGAUUUUGUUAUUCCGUUUCAGAGAUUCUCGAGCUUCAGUCGCCUGCUGAGGACCACAGCCUGGGUCCUACGGUUUGCGCGCUGGUGCCGCAAACAGCGAAACGAGCUCGAGGAAUACGGCCUUACUGCAGCAGAAUGUAAGGCCGCGGAGAACCUGUUGGUCAGACAGGCACAAUUGGAGUCGUUCCCCGACGAGAUGAGGUCGGCGGAAACUGGACAGGACGUCGGUAGAUCAAGCGACAUUCGAGGUUUGGUGCCCUACCUAGACAAGGACGGGAUUCUGCGAGCUUACGGCAGGAUUGAUGCCGCACUGUGCAUGCCGUACAGUGCGAGGAGGCCUGUCACUGUCACACAGGCACAGUCUGACAGAGCUGAUUGUGAGAGACUUCCACGCCAGGAUGAAACAUCAAAAUGUGGAUGCUACGAUUGCGGAGAUCCGGACAAAGUUCUGGGUCACAAAGAUGAGGCGUGUGAUGCGGAGAGUCAUCUCAUCGUGCAACGAGUGCAAGUUGCAGCGAGCGCGGCCGAUGCCGCCGAUAAUGGGACCCCAUCCGGAAGACAGACUGGAUGCGAGUGGAUGUCCAUUCAAAUACACAGGACUGGACUAUUUUGGGCCACUGCUGGUGACUGUUUCCCGUCACAAGGAGAAGCGUUGGGUCGCCUUGUUUACGUGUUUGACGACAAGGGCGAUUCACUUGGAGCUGGCGCAUGACCUGUCGACGGAUUCCUGCAUAAUUGCGAUCAGGAACUUCGUCUGCCGUAGAGGGCCAGUAUAUAGACUGCGCAGCGAUAACGGCAAGAACUUCGUGGGAGCUGACAGGGAAGCCAGGCGCUUUGGUGACGUAUUCGAGAUGGAGAAGCUUCAGAGUGAGUUGUCAAGCAGAAGCAUUGAAUGGGUUUUUAAUUGUCCAGCGAACCCGUCUGAGGGCGGAGUUUGGGAGCGCCUGGUGCAGUGCGUCAAGAGAGUACUGCGUCAUACCCUGAAGGAAGUUGCGCCGAGGGACCAUGUAUUGGACAGUUUCCUGAUUGAGGCUGAGAAUAUUGUAAACUCGCGUCCGCUCACCCACUUGCCUGUGGAUGCGGACCAGGAGGCGCCGUUGACGCCAAACGAUCUACUCAAGGGAGUAGCCAAUCUGCCGGAUACGCCUGGAUUGGAUGCGUAGCUGCCCAAGGAGGGUUCUACGAGGACGCAGUGGAGGGUUGCUCGCCUGCUACGAGACCGUUUCUGGAGGAGGUGGGUCAUGGAGUACCUGCCUACGCUUGUGCGCCGCGAGAAGUGGUGCCGCCGAACGGAGCCCAUCCACCAGGGUGAUAUGGUCUUCGUCUGCGAUCCUGCCUUGGCCCGACGAGAGUGGCGCAAGGGCAUCGUGGAGGAGAUCUACAGCGGAGCUGAUGGAGUCGUCAGACGCGCUAAGGUGCGCGUGAACGACAACGGCCUAUCUAGGACAAUGAUGCGACCCGUCUCUAAACUUGCAGUUUUGGAUUUGAGUGAAGCGGUUCUUCACGGGGUCGGGAAUGUCGCGGAUCGAAUAUUGUUAUCGAUAGGCUAGUUAGUAUUUUUGAGAAGUCCGAAUGUGGAAGGAUUUGUAAGCCCAUAUGUGUCUGGGCACAUUGUUUUUCGCCAUUGAAAAUUGCCGGGAAAAUUUAGCUUUUCAUUGUCGUGUAAGAGUUGGAGGACACACUGCGAAUAAAACGUGUUCUACUACCACGGAUUAGUCUGCCCUUUCUUUCGGGAACCAAUGCGUGGGGUAGCCGUUUAAGGCAACUACAUGUGACGCACGACGACAAUACUUGUAACGUUGUAUAUGACUCGAAAAAUCAUAAAAAUCAAGACAUUUUUAUUGAAAAUAACAAAAUUAUAAAAGUAUUCAAUUGUGCAGCCUUUCAAUAUCAAAUAAUAUUCAACAAUACAUUAACCUAAUAUUCACCAAACACACUGUAACAAAAGAUAAGGAUAUAUCACACCUA